AUGCCCGGUCGCACACUACCGACCUUUACCCUCGCCGAGGUCGAAGCGCACAACUCGAAGAGGUCAUGCUACAUGACCUACCAGGGAAAAGUCUACGACCUGACCGACUUCAUCGACGAGCACCCCGGCGGCGGCCAGCUCCUGAUCGACUACGCCGGCAAGGACAUCGAGGCCAUCCUCAAGGACCCCGUCUCCCACCCUCACUCCGAGGCCGCCUACGAGAUCCUCGACGAGUCCAUCGUCGGCUUCCUCGCCAAGGACAAGUCCAACGGCAGCGCCAAUGGCACCAGCACCGGCAUCAGCAGCAACGCCAACGGCGACGGGUCCGUCGAGUACGUCCACCCUCGCACCGGCAUGUCCUGCGAGGAAGACCUCACCAAGGACACCGACUACAACGUCGACUACAAGAAGAACAAAUUCCUCGACCUCAGCCAGCCUCUACUCAUGCAGCUGUGGCGCAGCGGCUUCAGCAAGGAGUUCUACCUCGACCAGGUCCACCGUCCGCGACACUACAAGGGCGGCAAGUCUGCCCCCCUCUUUGGCAACUUUCUCGAGCCCCUCUCCCUCACGCCCUGGUGGGUCGUUCCCACCAUCUGGCUCCCCUGUGUCUCCUAUGGCAUGUACAUCGCCAGCAGGGGCCUGGGGCCCAUCGGUCUGGUCGGCUACUUUGGCUUUGGUCUCCUCUUCUGGACCCUGAUUGAGUACUGUCUUCAUCGCUUCCUGUUCCAUCUUGACGGCUACCUUCCCGAUCACCGCAUCGCCCUGACCCUUCAUUUCCUCCUCCACGGUAUCCACCACUACCUUCCCAUGGACCGCUACCGCCUCGUCAUGCCCCCCACCCUGUUCAUCGUCCUCGCCACCCCCUUCUGGAAGUUCGCCCACACCCUCGUCUUCUGGGACUGGCACGGCGCCGUCGCCGGCUUCUGCGGUGGCGUCUUCGGCUACAUCUGCUACGACCUUACCCACUACUUCCUCCACCACGAGAAUCUUCCCCUCUGGUACAAGGCUCUCAAGAAGUACCACCUCGAGCACCAUUUCCUCGACUACGAGCUCGGCUUUGGUGUCACGAGCAGGUUCUGGGACGACAUCUUUGGCACUGGCCUCCCCGCCGCCAAAUCUGCCUAG